UUCGUGCGAGUGGCAGUACCGUCGACCAGUGAGUUUCUUUGGCCGUGCGCCCGUCGUGGCCUUUCACUGCUGAUACUCGGCGCAUGACGAGUCCAGUAACUGAUAAAGUCUGGGUGCUACUGUGUUUGCCCCGGGAAAAACGAGUCAUUUUGUUCUGGCGCACUCUCUCUCUCUCUGUUUUACCAAAUUAAUGAGUUAAUUCGGUUCUAGUAGACGUCGAUCGUAUCGUGGUGGACCCGUGGAUGCGCGCGGUCGAACCGCGUGGCGGGGGAAAAGAAAUAGGAAGGCAAAAAGUCUUCACCUACUGAUAAGGCACAUCGAGCCAGCAGCAGCAGCUCGAUCGAUGCUGCACCGCGAGUGGAUCGCAUCAGAUCCUUGAUCGAAAUGUCCGCCACUCCUCGAGUUGCCAUUGCGUGCGCGGUUGUCGAUUGUCGUCGUCAGUGGCUUCCAGUAGUCCGGUGCCGGUAGUGAAGUGUGCCGGUUCGAGAUUCGAGUACUCGGUACGGAGCAGAGACGGGCCGGUUGAUUGCUUGCAUUAACAUUGCAUUAACGUCCCGGAAAUGGCGGACCCAACGAUACAGACUUUCUGCUGCCACAACCGGAUACGGUCACCACCGGCCAUCAAGCUGAUGGCCGAGUUCGAUACCGACGGAUACAUCAUGGUGUGCCUGAUAUCGUCGGUCUUCGGCAUCGCCGGUGCCAUCUAUCAGAUUUGGAUCCGCCAUGAAGACGGUCCUUCUCAUCACGCGGUACGACGAAGGCGCGGCGGAGAGCUAACAUUGUCCAGCCAAAAUCUUGGCCGGCAGAUCAUCGUAUGGCUCGCGGUUGCGGAUCUGUGUGCCUCGUUCGGUGUGUUCCUGAGGGCGGCACUGUGGAAGUACAUCAACGAUGUACUACCACCGGAUAGCGAUGUGGAUGAUACCACGAACGUCAUCUUCUGUGCCGUCUCGUCCGCCUGGAUACAGUACUUCUACAUGUGCACCUGGUUGUGGACCCUAUGCUACGCCAUCAACGUGCGCCGGCAGCUGAGCGGAGCGAGGUACGCCCUGCGUACUUAUCACUACUACGUUUGGAGCAUAGCAGCCGUACUGACCGGUAUCGGACUCACCGUGCUCUACGUACCGGAUGCAGACUGCCACAAUGUGCAUGAUAUGGCCACGGCCUACAUGCGAAUCCUGCCCAACUACGUGAUGACGUACGGGCCGAUGAUCGCGGUCAUGAUCGUCAAUCCGGUACUGUAUUGUCAGGCAUCGCGCGAAGUCGACCGGCAACUGGUGGCCCGCUUCAGCCAGAUGUCGAACACGGAGCGUGAUCUGAUGGCCAAGUUUAAGCUCAAGUUUUCGCUCAUCAACCUCGUGUUCUACAUCUGCUGGUUACCGAAUCUGGUGAACGGGAUCGUCCUUUGGACGAUGUGGUACAGCUUACCGUAUACGAUGGUCAUCACCGUUUGGUACAUCAUGGCCAUAAUGAAUCCACUGCAGGCGUUCCUUAAUACGCUCGUGUACCAGAAGUGGAACUGUCGCUGGAGACUUUGGCGUCACGGGAGCACGGAUACGAGUGCUGAUACUAGGCGUCGGAAUCGUAGUUCGCUGGUAUUCACCGAGGGUACGCCAUUGCUUCAACCGAAGGCAGGAUCUCCGUUUGCGUCUUCACUCCAGCUACAUCAACCGUCAGUCGACCUGAUACCGACACCGACGCGAAGCAUCAACUCUUGCUCACUAGUCUGACGUCGCGAACAUCUGCUUCCUGUCCACAAUUAUGACUUCAAUCGUGGGAAGAAGCUAGAGCCUCUCUUGUCGAGUAGUCUUAGAAUCUGUAUUGAUAAGUAACUCU